AUGAGAAGAAGGCAGCGAGAUGAAGAUUCUAGGGUUUUCUACGAUCUAUCGGCUCUGGUAUUGAGUCUUCUCCGUUCUCCACCGAUGCCGAUUUCUUUACCCGAUCAGUUUCCCGAUUCCCCUAAUCCUCCGAUGAGAAUUCGGCCUCGAUUUUCUUCGUCGCCUUCCAUGGCUCAUAUAUCUCCGUCGGGGUUCGCGUCGUUGCUUCUCGGCAUAUCGGUCGCUCUUAUGCUCUGUGGAUCUGUGACUUUCUUCAUCGGUUUCCUCUUGAUGCCUUGGGUUCUAGCUCUCAUCAUGGUUUUCUACGUCGCUGGGAUCGUCUCCGCCAUUUCCAUGGCUGGGAGGUCUAUCCUCUGUUACGUCUUGACGCCACCUUCUCCCUCCGGCAAGGAGAUUUCUGAAUGGAAGCUUUUGUGA